AUGGAUAUCGAAGGACUUGUUACUCCCCCGCCCCCUCCUCCCAAAGAAGGCCGAAAAUACGACCUCGUCGUCUUCGGUGCGUCCGGAUACACAGGCCGUCUGACCUGCGAACAAGUCCUCGCCAACACACCCUCAACUCUGAAAUGGGCCAUUGCCGGUCGCUCCCCCAAUAAGCUUGAGCUUCUUGCGCUGGAAUAUAACAAGCGCUUUCCCGAUCGUGUUCCCGUUGGGAUCUUUAUCGCGAAUGUGGAAAAUGAAGAUACAUUGGAGACCAUGGCUCGGGUAACGAGAGUGCUCAUAACUACUGUGGGCCCAUACCUGAAGUAUGGGACACCGGUGCUGGAAGCGUGUGCGUUAAACGGAACUCAUUAUGUAGAUGCGACGGUAGAGACGACAUGGGUGAGGGAGAUGAUCAAAAAGUAUCACAAGACAGCGACAGUUAAUGGUGCCGUGAUCAUCCCGCAAUGCGGCGUGCAAUCCGCGCCUGCCGACCUUGCUGCCCACUCCCUCGUAACAUUGAUCCGUAAUCGCCUCUCCUGCCCCACCGAUAACAUAACUUUCACACUCCUCGAUCACGUUUCAGGUGUCUCCGGGGGAACAGUCGAAACACUCCUCUCAGUAUGGGAGAUCGCAACACUCCAGGAAAUGUUCCACGCGCGCAGAACUUACUCUCUCUCCCCCAUCAAGGGGCUCGAUCUCCCCUUCAUCCCGCCCAUCCAGCAGCAUGAAGACCUUGGAAUCCUAACCAAGAACGUCCAGGCGAGUCAUGACGAGAAGGUCGUGAUGCGCAGUUGGGGCCUAAACCAAGGAGGGGAGUGGUAUGGCAGGAAUUUUAUGUUUAGGGAGUAUAGGAGUGUGGAGACCAUGUUCAUGGCGGUGUGGAUGUAUAUAUGGAUGAGCAUGAUCCAAAUUUUGCCUUAUGUCACGCCUGUUAGAUGGAUAAUUCGCCGCUACUAUGCACCCCCAUUGGGCGAGGGUCCGAUCUUGGAGUCGACUAACAAGUACCGCAUUGAAUGGCGUGGUAUAGCUGAGGCGGACGACGAUAAUGAGGAGGCUGCAAAAGCUACCAUUUCAAUAUUGUGCGAGAAAGACACCUACACCACGACAGGAAUCCUACUUGUGCAAACGGCAAUGAGCUUGCUGUCAGACGAGGAGACAUUCGCAAAGAAAACUGGGGGUGGUGUACUGACACCAUCGGCGGCGGCAAGUCCAGCGUUCUUCAUGGCGCUAGAUAGGUGCGGGUUUCAUGUAGAGACGAAAAUGAUGGAAGAGUUUUAG